AUGGACGGCAAGAGGGGCCAGCAGUGGAUCUUGCAGCUCCCUCAUGGGGUUGGGAUGCUCCCAGCCUUUGUGUGAGCUCUUUGCUCACACAAUCACCACCACCAUCUCCUCCUUCAGCCAUGGACCAACGGCAUCAACGAGGCUGGGAAGAUGGCCCUGCUGGCCUGGGAGAAGGAGACGGGCAUCGAGCUGGUGCAAAUCAACGGGCAGAGGCGCUACGGAGGGCCCCCCCCAGGCUGGGUGGGCGGCCCGCCGCCGGCCGGCACCGAGGUGUACAUCGCCAGGCUGCCGCAGGACGUCUACGAGAACACGCUGAUCCCGCUCUUCGAGAGCGCGGGCAGGCUCUACGAGUUCCGCCUCAUGAUGACCUUCAGCGGGCUCAACCGCGGCUUCGCCUACGCCAGGUACGGCUCCCGGCAGGACGCCCAGAGCGCCAUCGCCGCCUUCCACCGCUUCCAGCUGCGCCAGGGCUGCGCCAUCGUGGUGUGCUGGAGCACGCAGAAGCGCGAGCUCGUCGUGAACGGCCUGGGCGCCUGGGUGAGCCAGCAGGAGCUGGAGGCCACGCUGCGCGUGGUCACUGAGGGGAUCUGCAGGGUCACCCUGCACGCCAGCCCCUCCCACAAACAGGCCAGGCUCGCUGUGCUGAAGUACAGGUCGCACGAGGCUGCUGCCCUGGCCAAGAAAGCCCUGAUGGAAGGGAAGCUGAGGCUCGGGCAAGCAAGGAUGAGGGUGGACUGGCUGGACCCCCAGCUGAAGCAGAAGCUGCAGCUCUCUGAGGAGGAGCCAUCGUCCAGCAGGGUGCAAGGGGGUGAGAGCCCAGCAGUGCCCCUGCCCCUGUCGCUGCAGAACGUGCUGGAGUGCCUGAACAUGCUGUGCUGGAAGCAUCACCUGAGGACACCCCUGUUCAUGACCAAGUGUGUCCAGGUGAACCCCAGCGGGUGGCAGCGGCUCUGGUACCAGGUGGUGAUCCCAGGGUCCCGUGUGCCCAUCAGUGGCUUCAUGUGGAUCUCGCCAGACAGGCAGGGCCAGAGCAAGCACGAGGAGGCCAAGGCGGUGGCAGCCCUGCACGUCCUCCGGCUGCUAGGUGAGUCCUUGGUGAGUCCCUGCACAGCCAGCUCCCUGCCUUCCCCAAAGUCUCGAAGGGUCCCCGGGAGGGUGGAGCUGUGGCACUUCUGGGAGGGUGGCAUGGGGCAGGGAGGGACUCAGGCUGGCUGAAGCACUGUCAGCUCUGAGCUGCAGGUGGGAGUUCUGACUGGAAGCACCGGAGGGGGUGUGGGGGUGAGGGCAGAGCCUGACCCUUCCCUCUCCACUGCAGGGUGCCAGCUGAAGUAGGCUGGCUCUGCCACAGCCACAACUGAGCCCUGCCCUGCUGGGCUCCCGGCCCUGUUCCAGCUUUCCUUGGAGUUGUUUGCUUCGGUUUAGAGAGCUGGCUCUGGAGGAUGAGGGCUGCUGUGCCCAGGCAGCCCUUGAGUUGGUUCUAGUUUUGGGUUGUUGGUUUUCCUGGUUCCAAGUUUGGCUUCUGUUAAGCCAGUUUGUGUUGCGUUGGAUGGGCAGAUCCUGGAGAAGCAGCAGCAGCUCUUGGAGGGGCUGCCAGCACUGGAUGCCAGUGUGAUGGAGGGAAUUCCUGCACUGGCACUCCUGGCUCCUGAGGAGCAGCCUCAGGGGAGGACAGGGCCACACACAGGGAGAGUGGUCACAGAUGUUCUGUGGGCUGGGAGAGCUGCUGUGUGGGGAGAGGAGUGCCUGUAACCUGUUUGCAUAGUGAGGAAGCAGCUGUGGAGCUGGCAGCUGUCCAUGAAUGAUUCCUCGGGAGUGGCAGGUCUGGCCACACGUUGUCCUUUUGGGAUUAAAGAGUUCUGGAGAGCACCAGCUGGGUCAUGUCAUCUUUGCCUCCUGCAUCCUCAGCUCCCUGCCUGGCCAGUGCAUCUCAGUGCUCCCCCCACACACAGGGAGAGGCAGGGGAAGGGACAGGGAGGGAUUUGGAGCCCUCAGAGCCUGGGGCUUCCAUUGUGUGGGAAGCAGCAUUCCCUAACACCUUGAUUUUUGUUGUCUUCUAUUCACUGGGCUCUUUCUGACCAGGUUUUGACACCCCUCAGUCUUCUCCAGGGGCCUCCUGAUGUCCUCUGUGUCUUUUGAUGGCCCUCUGGGAUAUCUGGUAGCACCUUUUGGAGAUUUUUCCUUUUGUUUUUCUCUGUUUCAUGGAAUAUUCCCCCGUUUUUGUUGCUAAGGAACAAUAACCAUUUUCCAUGGGAGGCUCCUGCCUUCCUUAGCAGACAC